AUGUCCGAUGCAGUUCCGCGGUUAGCGGAUGGUUUUGAUGCAACAGCAUCUCCAUUUGCACUGGCCAGCAAUAUCAGAGCGCGCACAACCGGACCUUCCAAUGUGCCGAGCUCCAGUGAGGGUAAUGCGCCUUCAAAACAUCGACGCGAAGGCUCAGCCGCGCAGGACCCUGGACGAUGCUGCAAGAAAACGCCGCCUGGCCACAGGAAGGCGAAGUAUCCAAUCGCUUUUAUCGCGUCUACUUGGGGCUUCCUCACUAACAUCGAGAGAGCUAUCAUCCUUCCGACAAUGUGGCUUUUCUUCAAGAAUUACUGGGGCGAGGCUACUGCCGCCAGUUUCUACCCAAGUACUCUCGGAGUUUUCAGUUUGUCAAUUUUGAUUGCUACGCCGUUAUUCGGCUGCGCUGGCCACGCCAAAGUCAACGUAAAGUAUCUGCUCCUCCUGGCCAACCUCUUGGAGGUGGUUGGCAAUUUGGCGUACCUUUGUGCCUCCAGUCCUUGGCUCGUAUUCAUCGGACGCAUGAUAGCCGGUGUUGGAGCUAGUUGCGAGCCUCCCAUGUACGCGGAUCUCACGCGGGCCACCGAGUUUCACGAGCGAACACCCUUUAUCAUCGUUCUUUUACUCUCGCGCCAGGUUGGGCUCAUUUUUGGCCCCGCAUUUACCCUCAUCUUAGACCGACUCGACGUACAAGUCUUCGAUAUGAAAGUUAAUGUCUAUAACGGUCCUGGAUUGGUUAUGGCUUGUCUCUGGGUCCUACAUUCCAUACUUAUUCUGAUCUUCUACCCUAACCUCGACAAAUCGGGAGUCUAUUCUGAUGACGUACAAAAGUCUGCCUCUGGCACCAUCAUUCCCACCUCAGAUGAAGGCGCCCCGAACACACGUGUGGAGGUUCGCUUUACUGGUUUCUGGCAGUACCGGUUUCUCACUCUCUACGCCACCACCUUUGCGUCGUACUACUCCGUUAUGGCACUUGAAUCAGUUCUCUCCCCACUGGCGAAUCGCGCUUUCAAUUGGGGCGCUGUUGAAGUGAGUUACAUAUACAUUGCAGCCAGUAUUUUGGUAAUAGUUGUGUCUGGCAUCAUGCACUUUAUGUCCAAGUGUAUCGAGGAUCGCAAGCUGAUUGUUGUUGGUCUCGUUUUCCUGAUUGUUUCCUACACUUACCUCACUGUGGUAAUCGAUUCCCUUGGCCCCUUGGGUGAAUGGGGCAAGGCGCUCGUAGUAGUGGGCGUUGGGAUCCACGUGAUUGGAAUGCCCUUCCCACUAGCCAUCUCGGAGUCUCUGUACACCAAGUUCGUUCCUGCGCCGAGGCUGGAUCACGCCCAGACGAUCCUGCGAACAGUGAUCAACGUGGCCUUCCUCGUGGGGCCGUACGUCGGUGGCAGCUUCCAGGCUCAGCCCACGUCGGUCUUCAUGUCAAUGGUACUCAUCAACUUCAUCUCUCUGGCGAUGUUUCUGUGCAAAUUUGGCGAUUUCCAGAUCACCCCUGAAAUGCAGGUGGACAACGCCCCUGCCUCUGUUCGACCCGACAAGUCCCAUCUUAGCGUAUAG